AUGAACGCAACCAGCAGCAGGGCUCAUACGGUGAUAUCGAUAGAGCUUAUUCAGCUAACUUCUUUUGAAGGGCAGCAAGGAAGGAAGCAGAGUGUUAUUCAUUUAGUAGAUUUAGCAGGGUCUGAAAAGAUAUCAAAGACAGGCGCAGGAGGAGACAGAUUAAAAGAAGGUUGUGCAAUUAAUAAGUCUCUUUCUGCUCUAGGGAACGUUAUUAAUGCUCUUGCUGAAAGAGAGAAUAAAGCUGCUGCUGCUGCUGCAGCAGGAGGUGCUGCUGCUGCUGCUGCUGGUGGUGCUGCAGCAGCAGCAGUUAUUCCUUAUAGAGACAGCAAACUUACAAGACUGCUGCAAAAUGCUCUAGGGGGCAGCAGCAAGACCAUCAUGAUAUGUGCACUGUCUCCUUCUAAUGAUAAUUAUGAAGAGACUCUCAGCACUCUACGUUACGCAGAAAGAGCAAAGAAAAUUAAGAACAAUGCAGUUGUUAAUGAAGACCCCACAGACAAACUUAUCAGACAACUCAAAGAAGAAAAUGCGAAACUCAAAGCCCUCCUUGAAGGAAAGGGUUUAGGAGACAGCCCUCGAGGGGGUUUGUCUCUUGAAGAGACAGAAGCGCUGCAACGAGCUCAUGAAGAAGAAAUAAAUGUAAUGGAGGAGGCAAUGAAAGACUUGCAGCGGUCUUGGGAAGAAAAAUUAGAAAAAGCAAAAGCACAAAUGCACACUGAAUUCGCAGCUCCGGACUGGAACUGCGUGGCGCAUAUAACAUUACUGAAUGAAGACCCUCUUCUUUCUGCAUCUUUAUCUUUUAAGCUUCCGGCAGCCCCUGAAAAGUUGAGAGUGGGUAGAAGAGAAGGAAGCAGUUGUCCUGAUGUCUGUCUCUCUGGAUCGGGUUUAAGCGUUAAUCACUGCUACCUGCAGCUGCAGCAGCAGCAGCAGCAGCAGGAGCAGGAAGGGGAAGCAGCAGCAGCAACAGCAGCAGCAGCAGUAUUAGUGGUUGAAGACGGAGCAGCAAACACUUUUGUAAACGGAAAGGAGACAGAUAAAGGGCAGCAGAUAACUCUAAACAGCGGAGACAGAAUUUUAAUCGGUCAGAAUUAUAUUUUUCUUGUAUUCUUACCGACUGAAGGAGGCUAUUCAAGGAGCAGCCUCUUACAGCACUUUACCUUUGAACGCUGCCUGCAAGAAGCUACGUUGCUGCAGCAGGAGACAGUCGAAGGGCUUGCACAGACGCAGCAGCAAAUUGAAAAGGAGACACUCAGACGCUCGCAGUACAAACAAAAACUUCAAGAGGCGCAGCUAGCCAUACAAAAACAAAAGGAGGAGUACGAGGCGAAGCUGCAGGAGCUGCAGCAGAAGGCUGACGAAGGGCAGCUAGCGUUAGCAAAGGAAGCGUUUGUAGAGGAGCAAAGAAAGCUUGAAGAGAAGAAGAGAGACAUUGAAAUAGAAGAGUUAAAAAGGAGACAAGAAGAAGGAGACUUAUUGCUGCUUAAUGAGCAAAUGACGCAAGUAUUGCCUUUGAUUCGGGAGGCGAAUGUAAUAGCCGAGGAGUUAGGGCUUUGUUAUUCGUUGCAACCAAAGUUGUUGCUGGAGUGCUUGCGUCCGGCUGAGAAUCCGUACUGGGAUCCGUUCCCUUCUCGGCGUUUGUUAGGCAGCUGCGAAUUAUAUUUAAAACCCUUAGCCUGUCAGGUAGAGAAUGCAGCUAAAAUAGAGGUUGGGGUUUACCCUGUGACAGCAGAAGGAAAAGAGUUAGCAGACGAAGACAUCAAGGAGACGCCUCAAGAGCUGAUAGGCAGCAACAUGUACUACCAAGUAAAGGUUGGGCGUUUGUGGGGUGCUGCUGCUGAAGCAGCAGAAGGUGUCUCCGUUUGCUUCACCCCUUAUUUGUCUCCUCGGCCGCACUUCACUGGUGCAGCAGAUAGCCAGCAGCAAGGAGACAGCAGCUGGUUGCUGCAGUUUGAUUACUGCGAGCUGCUGCAGCAGCAGCCUGUAACUGAAGCCUUUAUAAAUUAUUUAUUAACUCAGACUAUUCGCUUUGAAGUCUGGGGUAAAAAUACAAAAACAAUCAACAAACUUUACGAGCAAAACAAACAACAUUACUCUUAUUCAUAUAAUGGAUAUGAUGCCUUUGGGGUUGAUGAUGCUUCCUUCAAUGUGCUGCAGCAGCUGCCAGGCAUGCAGCCUCCUGCUGCUGCAGCUGCUGCUGCAGCUGCUGCUGAUGCUGCUGCUGCUGCAGCAGCAGCAGCAGCAGUAAAAGCUGUGGAGACACUUGAAAAUGCUGUGGGGAGAGACCCCAACUCAGGCAAAUAUAUCUACAACGGCUAUUCUAAACCAACACAAGACACCCAGCAGCAGCAGCAGCAGCAGCAGCAGCAAGAGGGGGAAGAGACGGCGAAGACGUCUAAUGAGAAGGAUCAGUCUGCUGCAACAGCAGCAGCAGCAGCAGCAGCAGCAAAGAAAGAAGGAAAAGAUAAAAAGCAAGACAGCAAUGCAGAGAGACAAAAAAGCACUAGCACUCUCGGCAUAAGAAGAAGGUCUCGCGGGAGAACAGCAGCAGCAGAAGAGCAAACACAAAAACAAAAAGAAAAAAAAGAUAUGCAACGCACAUCAACUGCUGCUGCUGCUGCUGCUGCUCCUGCUGCUGUUGCAGGGGAGCAGCAGCAAAAACCCAAAGAGCAGCAGCAAAAAGCUGCUUCACUGAAAAAGGAAGAACAGAAGAAUGCUUCUGCGCAGCAGCAGCAGCAGCAACAGCAGCAGCAGCAACCUGCUGAUAAGGAGAAACAACCUGCAGCAGAAGCAAAACCUCAACAGGAAAAAGACUCUCAGCAACAGCAGCAGCAGAAGCAGCAGCAGCAGGAACAGCAAAAGCAGCAGGAGCAGCAAAAGCAGCAGCAGCAGCAAAAGAAGGAGACACAGGAGCAAGGACAGCAGAAGACACCGGAGCCACAACCGCAGAAAGAACAGCACAAAAGCGAGCAGCAGCAGCAACAGCAGCAGCAGCAACAGCAACAGCAGCAACAGCAGCAACAGCAGCAGCAACAGCAGCAACAGCAGCAACAGCAACAGCAGCAGCAGCAACAGCAACAGCCCCACAAUGAGGAGCAAGAGCAGCGCAAAUCUCAUCUGUUUAGACACGCUCAAAAUGCCUGCUGCGUAAUCCAAUAA